AUGACGGAACAGUCUUCGCUGCUGUUACGAAAACAGCUAGCAGAGCUCAACAAAAACCCUGUGGAGGGAUUCUCUGCGGGACUUGUGGACGAUGAUGACAUUUAUCAGUGGGAAGUAGUCGUCAUGGGGCCUCAAGACACAUUAUUUGAAGGAGGGUUUUUCAAGGCCACCUUAACUUUCCCACAUGACUAUCCUUUGAGGCCUCCCAAGAUGAAGUUCAUCUCAGAAAUAUGGCAUCCAAAUGUGGCCAAGAAUGGGGACGUUUGCAUUUCCAUCUUGCAUGAACCUGGUGAGGACAAGUAUGGAUACGAGAAGCCCGAGGAGCGCUGGCUACCCAUCCACACGGUGGAGACCAUCAUGAUCAGCGUCAUCUCCAUGCUGGCAGACCCCAACAGCGAUUCCCCGGCCAACGUGGACGCAGCCAAAGAAUGGAGGGAGGAUCCCACGGGAGAUUUCAAGAAGAAAGUGGCCCGAUGUGUAAGAAGGAGUCAAGAAAUGGCUUUUGACUGA